AUGGCUGAAAUGCACACUCCAUAUUCUUCCUUGAAGAAACUGUUACCUUUAUUCAAUGUCUUCCUGGCUGUGUCUGGCAUUAUCCUCAUUGGCCUGGGCAUCAGUAUCAAGUGUGGAGAUGGUGCCCUGACGAGGGUCUUUGGGCUGUCCUCUGCAUACUUUCUUCACAUAAGCAACCUAUGCAUGGUAAUGGGGUGCAUCUUGAUACUGCUUAGCUGCACUGGGUGCUAUGGAACUGCCAAGAAUAGCAGAGGCACUCUCUUGUUUUGCUUCAUUGUCAUGGUUAUCAUCCUCGUAGUGGAAAUCACUGCCGCCACAGUUGUUCUUCUUUUCUUCCCAGUUGUUAAAGACCUGGCCUUGGAACACAGCUUCAUGACUCUGAGGAAGAAUUAUAGAGGAUACAAUGAGCCAGAUGAGUAUUCAACAGAAUGGAACUUGGUCAUGGAGAAGCUGAAGUGCUGUGGGGUGAAUAACUACACAGAUUUCUCUGGUUCAUACUUUGAAAUGACGACUGGGCACACCUACCCCAGAGGCUGCUGUAAAUCCAUUGGAACCACAGCCUGUGAUGGGCACAAUGUGUCCCCACAAGUCAUCCGCCAGCAGGGCUGUUUCCGAAAGCUCCUGAAAAUAACCAAGACUCAGAGUUACACUCUGUGUGGAGUCUCUCUGGGGGCAGCAGUGAUACAGAGACAGGGUCUUGCUCUUGCUCAGGCUGGUCUUGAACUC